UGGCUUAAUCUCACUGACCAAUAGGAGAGCAGGAGGAGGUGACGCAGGCUGGAAGUGAGGCGCAUGGCGGAGGCAGAAUGUAAAUAACUCUGGAGACGAGGCUUAAAGAAUAGAGUUAUGAGACUCCUGACUCACACAGCGCGCUGUGUUUUACACACACACCCUCCUCCACCAGGGAGCAGCAGAGGAUUCUGGGGCUGGCUCAACGCUGUGUUUAAUAAAGUUGAUUAUGAGCGGAUUAAGACGGUUGGGCCGGACCGUGCGGCUGCUGAAUGGCUCCUGAGGUGUGGGGCUAAAGUUCGUUUCUGUGGUUUCGACCGCUGGCAGCAUGACUAUAAUGGGCUCCCGACUGGACCGCUGGGUCGCUAUAAGAUACAGGCUAUUGAUGCUACAGAGUCCUGCAUCAUGUACCGGGGCUUUGAUUAUCUGAAUGGUCUGCAGCAUGUUGAGGAGAUGAAGCUAGUUAAGUGUAUAUACAUAGAGGACGCGUGUCUGGAGCGUUUGAGUCAGACGGAGAGCCUGCAGGCCAGCAUGAGGGAGAUGUCGGUUGUUUCCUGUGGUAACGUUACAGACAAAGGCAUCAUCGCUCUUCAUCACCUGAGGAAUCUGGAGUAUUUGUUCCUCAGUGAUCUGCCAGCGAUAAAGGAGAAAGAGAAAACGACAGACAGACUGCAGACAGCACUUCCCAAACUCACCAUAGACUUGGAUUUGGCUUAGCCAAAACUUUACAGUCUACAACUUUAAAUUAAUCUCAAAUGCUUUGACCUAGAGGCUAAUACAAAAGCAGUAACAAUGGGAGUGGGACACCCAAAUGUACUUUUUGAUGGAGCUUUUUACAAGCCAAGCUUGUAAAUGUACUACUAUAUAAAUAUUACUGUUCUAUUUA